AAAUGAAAACAAAAAGCAAAACGGUUCUCUUCAAAAAGCAAAAGCUAAACCCCCGCUCUGAUUCCCGAAGAAAGCACCGUAUUCAAUGCUUAUACAAGCGCCAUUAAACGAAGUGAAAAGCUAAACCCUCUCUCUCUCUCUCAUCUUAUCUUAUUUUGUUCAUUCACCUUAAUGUCCCUAUAAAACCAAAAACUCAACUCCACCCAAAAUCGGAACACUCUUCUCUCUCUCUCUCUCUCUAGAUUCUUCUUCUUCUUUCAUGGAUGCUUUGAACUUCCUCAAGUUCUGGAGAAACGCCACCACGACCACAACCUCCGAACCCCACCUCGUGGUAGAAACCGACACCGAAUCCGACGAAGAAGACUCAUUCUUCGACUUGGAGCUCACGCUACACGAUUUCCACAACAAAGAAAACACCACCACAACCAAAAUCGACGACGACCCAAAACAAACGACAACAACAACAACAACCGAACUCAAAAGUAUUUGCUCCAAAGAUGACGAACUCAGCAAAAUAGACAAUGACGUUCCGCGAAAAACACCGCUUCCCAUGUCUUCUCCUCCCGAACCUAUCUCCAAACGUAAGGUCCUCCCAAUCGAACCUAUCUCCAAACCUCAGUCCCCCAUUGCACUUCUCAGGUCCGCUCCUAGCUUCAGAAUUUUCAUGUUCAGAAAACGAAAUAGAGCUCCUCCGCAGAAAACGGAGCACUCUGUUAACGAAACAAAAGUCUUCGCGGUGAAGCUAAGCGUCGACGAUUUUCGUUCCUCUCCUGCGCUCAGCAGAGACAACAGCACGAGAAGCUUAAGGAGCAAGGUUCGGGGUUUGAGCUACGAGGAACCCAAGCCGGAGCGGUUUUCAAAGGAGGUGUUGCGGAAGUACCUGAAGCUGAUUAAGCCGCUAUAUGUUAAAGUUUCGAAGAGAUAUAGUGACAAGGUGAGAUUCUCCGGCGAGGGUUUCGCGACGUCUCCGUCAUCGUCGCCGUCGGUGGCCUCUGUUUCUUCGAGAACGGAGAAACAGGGGAAGGGGAUGACAGUGGUUUCGAAGCAUUUGGGGAAGAGUAGGUCGGCGUCGUCGACGGUGGUCGGAGUUGGUUCUCCGGCGAAGAGGAGCGAUGAUACGCUGCAGCAGCAGCUUGAUGGGAUCCAAAGCGCCAUUCUUCACUGCAAAAGGUCCUUCAACUCCAGAGAAGGAUCAAUGUAUUCGGUGAGAAAAUCAUUUGAUGGUGAACGUGGGGCAAAAGUGUAAUCUUGAGGACUUUUGUUGUGAAAGAAGCUGAAGAUGAUAGAGAAGAUAAGAGAAAAAAAAUGUUAAUUUUGUAUUAUUUUAGUGUAUUGUAAUUUGUAAAGAAAAGGGAAAGAGAUGAGAGGAAUAGGUGUGAUGAUUAGUCAGAGUGUUGGGGGCAGGCUCCCCUCCCCUGGUGGUCAGUGAAUGUAAAUUAAUGGGGCAUUAUGAAAAGAAUCAAAGGGAUCUUCUACUGUAUCUAUGUCUGAUGUGCUGUGUAUGGGUUUUGCACUUUGCACUCUGCUUGAGGUUUAUUUUUUUGUAUUGAUUUGAGCCCAUCAAAUGAUUCAAGGUAACAACAUUUUUCAUUGUGAU